AUGCACACUCCAUCCGCUAUCUUCCUUGCAAUCGGGUCCUUGGCACUUGCUGCCUCUGUAGCAAGUCUUCCGUCUGGAAGCAACGCCACCGAAGGGCUCUCAGCUGAGCAGUGUUGCACUCGCCUGAAAGGUGUUCUGGAUUCCUCUCAAGUUCUUUUCCCGGACUCCGAAGAAUAUGAUGCUCAGGAGGCCUCCUAUUAUUCAGGAGAGCAGGCCCUGCAACGUCCUGCUUGUCGGGUUACGCCUUCGAACGCAGAGGAUGUCUCGAGGGUCGUGAAGUUUGCCACUUUAAAUGAUUGCAAUUUCGCUGUGCGCUCGGGUGGGCAUAUGAACUGGGUCGGAUCGUCAAACAUUGGGGAAGCUGGCUUUACUAUCGACUUGGAAGAUAUGAAACGGAUCGAGCUCCUCGACAACUCGAAGACCGUUGCUAUUUCUCCUGGGCUCCGAUGGGCCGACGUGUAUAGUUUCCUUAGUCCCCACAACCUACACACUGCUGGUGGACGAUCCUCGGGUGUCGGCGUUGGUGGGUUUCUGCUGGGCGGCGGUAUAUCGUUUCUGUCACUCGAGUUCGGCUUCGGGAGUGACAAUGUCGUUAACUACGAGAUCGUUCUCGCGGAUGGAUCGAUCGUCAACGCGAACGAGUCGGUAAGCAGCGAUCUGUAUUGGGCGUUGAAAGGAGGCAGUACAAAUUACGGGAUUGUGACGCGUUUCGACAUGGCCACGUUCCCGUUGACCGAGAUAUGGGGAGGAUCCUUGUUCUACAACGCUACACUCGGCCCGACUUUCUACGAAUAUCUCGUUGGAUUUACGCAGCGGCUCUCGGUUGACCCUCAUGGAUUACUAGCUCCCAUACUCGCAUGGAAUGCAGCAGAGAAGGACUAUCUUAUCUGGACACCAAACGCCUAUCUUGGCCCGGAGGCGUUCCCUAGCCCACUGUACGAUGGGCUCCAGGACAUCCCGACGAUCCGAGACACGAUGCGUAUCACAAACCUCACCUCUGUCACCGACGAGAUUGAGAAUGGAUCACCUGGCGGAAGCCGGACCCAGUGGUUCGCUCUCGCAUUCAAGGCGAACGCAGAACUGCCUUGGGACAUCCAUCUCAAGGGCGACGACAUCUUCAAACCGUUCCUUUCCCGACCGAACACAUCUUGGGCGCUCACCAUGCAGCCCAUCAACGUCGGAAUGAUCGCAGCAGCCAAAAAUCGGGGCGGAAAUCCGUUUGGCCUCACUGAAGAGGAUGGUGAUCUAUUUCUGGUUUUGAUAUCCGUGUUCUGGACUGACCCAGGGGACGACGUCGAUAUGAAGGGAGCAACACAGGACUUGCUAAAAUGGUCAACAGACACUGCAAAAGAACGUGGCCUUUUCAACCGUUUCAUCUACAUGAACUACGCCUUGAACACGCAACCUGUGUUAGAAAGUUUUGGACAAGAAAACUUCGACCGAAUGAAAGAGGUGAAGGAAAAGUACGAUCCCAGGGGGCUGCUCAAUGUGUGGAAAGGUGGGUAUAAGUUGUAG